AUGGUUCUCACGCACACGACCAACCACAACUACUCUCACCCAUUUCCGACAGUGACCCUCGCCUUCUUCCUACGAUACUAUUCCCCACAGCUCAAUCCGUUCUCGAGUCAUGUCCUGUCUACCGAUACCAUCUCGUCGCACAUUGACCCAGAGUCAGGUCGACUGUAUACGACACGUCUGCACCUGAAGAAGUCUCGUAUGCCAUCGGCCGUUGUCAAGCUCUUGCCGACGAGCAUUACUGGCGGUGGUGGAGACAAGUCUAGCUUUGUGCUGGAAGAAAGCGUCGUGGACAUCAAGGAAGGCUGGAUGACUACACAGAGUCGGAAUCUCAACUUUACUGGUGUGCUCAGUGUGACGGAGCAGCAACGAUACUCGACGACUCCGCCGGAACAACAAGGAGCUGGGCUCUCUACCGUGUCUCGGCCCUUGUCACCUAGUACCUACGUCACCACUACUUUCUCCUACCGCUCCACUCUUGGUGGUCGCAAAGCCGCUCAAGACUCCGAGGACUCUAGUCCUUUGCGGUUUGGCGGUUGGAUUUCUGGCUGGGGUGCCAAACGCAUCCAGGGUAGCAUCGAAUCUAUUGCCUCGAACAAGACUGAUGAUCAGCUGGUCAAGUCCCGCGACGGUAUGAAGCUAGUCUUGGAACGUUUGCGGUCAAACGGGGUCAUGGCCACUCUCCGAGAAUUACGGCGUAGUCAAGGCAAGACGACAUUUGAUGUCUAA